AUGUCCAACUAUAUCGGAGGAGAUGAUGCAUAUUUAUCCAAUACUUUUGGCAAGUCUCUUUCGCUCAGAGUAGAUGGUAGGUUCAAAGCUGUAUCCAUCAGUCCAUCAGGCAGAGAUGUGGUUUUAGCUGGUAGACAAGGACUAUACGUUGUAGACCUAGAUGAUCCCUUCUCUGCACCAAGAUGGCUUCAUCAUAUAACAUCAUGGGAAGUAGCAGAUGUUCAAUGGUCACCUCAUCUGUCAAAACCGGGAUGGGUGGUCUCCACAUCAAAUCAAAAGGCACUUGUUUGGAAUUUAGCAAGAAGCUCUUCUAAUGCGAUUGAGCAUGUUUUACAUGGGCACUUUCGGGCGAUAUCAGAUAUCAACUUCCACCCUCAACAUCCCGAAAUUCUGGCGACUUGUUCUAUUGAUACAUAUGUUCAUUCUUGGGAUAUGCGUUCUCCUCGCAGAGCUUACUACAGUGCGAGUGUCUGGUCUGCUGGGGUGUCUCAGGUUAAAUGGAAUUAUCAGAAUCCCAACGUGAUCGCUUCUGCACAUUCUAAUGAUGUUUAUGUUUGGGACUUGAGGAAAGGAUGUACGCCAUUGCAUUCUUUGAAAGGCCAUGCAAACAGUGUGAAUAGUAUCGACUUCAAUAAAUUCAAUGAGACUGAAAUCAUGUCGAGUUCUAAUGAUGGAACUGUCAAAUUCUGGAACUAUGCGAUAAGUGACAAGGAGCCACAGCGAACAGUGGUCACCGAUUUUCCUGUGGCCAGAGGACGAUAUCUACCAUUUGGAAAAGGCUUCUGUGUAAUGCCACUCAUUGGUGGUAAUAAUUCGGUGUAUUUGGCAGAAUGCGUGACUGAAAACGGCUCUGAGCCUGUCUGUAAAUUCCAGCCCAUCUAUGUUUUCAAAGGCCACAGUGACUGUGUAUCCGACUUUUUAUGGAGGGUUCGACAUAGUUCUGAAAGCAUGAUAGAUGAUAGAGAGUUCCAGCUGGUGACCUGGUCUAAAGACUGUGAUCUUAGACUAUGGCCCGUUAAUGAAACAACAUACAAAAAAGUGCAUUUCGAGCAAUUUGCCCCCUUGGAAUCCCCACUAGUUGACCACCUAUACAGCACAUAUCGGCAAGAGCCGCCGAUGUCGCGGAAUAAAUUCGAUUAUUCGAGGCAGAUGAAGGAACACUUCGUAACGAAAUCAGGCUCGGAAGACACUCGUGAUAAAAACAAAGUAGACCAUCUGGCAUGGGUUUCGGGAGUCAAACUUCACCAUGCCAAUUCUCCACAUGACUUGUUUGAGCAAGACAAGCUUCAAAAUCUUGGUGAGGAAGUGAGUAUGAUUGGGCACAAAUUUCCGAAGGUUGUUUUCGAAAAAAUAUCUGUGUCUACUGGAUCUUUGAUAUUGACCCUUAGUGGGCCUUGGUCUGAGCGAAGUCCCGAUGAUCUCGUCUUCUUGAGAAUUGAGGCUAUUUUUCCACCUAACUACCCUUGCAAGAAGAACGAUCCCGUCUUUAAAAUAGAGGAGAAUCGUGAACUAAGCGCAUCUAAAAGUAAGGAGCUCACCGACCAAUUGCAGGUAAUAUCUGCUAAACAUACAGAACUAGGAAUGUACUGCUUAGAAGCUUGCCUACGUUUUCUGCUGGGUGAAAAGAUUAACCUAGAUGCCUUGCAAGAUGAAGAACAACUAUUAAAUUUUGAUGUUGUCGAUCAGGCCGAGUUUGAGGACCUUUCUUCUCUGGACAGUUCUGACAUGAGGUCUCAUGUUGCUUCUGGAAGCUCCGAUCUAUCAGAUGAAGAAGGUGUUAUGUAUGAUGACAAAACGAGCAUCGAGGGGUUUACGGAAACAAAAUUGGAUCUAGAUACCACACCAGUUCCCAAAGGAUGUGGUGCAACUUGGACUUCGUCGGGCCUAUUGGUCUGCUUUUUUGCACUGGAAGGGAAGCUGGAUAAAAAGCAACAUAAUCUGCAAAUACUCAACCAGCGUAAUUAUGUGAACUCGAAAGAAGGUCAGAAACCUGAAAUUCUUUUCCAAGAUGACCUUUCUGCUAGUUCAAGCCGCCCUAAGAGGUACGUGGAACUGCACCCUGCAUCAUCGGAACACAACAGUGAAAAUGGUGUUAUGGCUAGCGAAACCGAUUCCAAUGCUAGCUCAGACAGUUUUGGAGAUGUCUGGAAUGACAUUGUGCGUAGUGACAUUACUUUGCGCACUAAAUUACCUGUUUAUUCCGCCUUUGGGAAAAAUCUGACACUUAUCCCUUCCGAUGACGGGAAAAGUAAUGCUUCGACACCAAAGUUCAAGAACACGGUUCUGGUCAAAGACUUUAGUCAUUUAAUUGCAGAUAAAAGACAACUAGCUCUUGAAUAUAAAUUUACCGGAGAUUCGCUGGAGUCUAUCUGUAAGCACAACGCAGAUGUCGCGGAGUCGCAGGGCAUGGAAGAUUUAGCUCACAGCUGGACAAUGAUGGCCAAUUUACUGAUAGACCGAGAAGAAUUGCAGACUUGCACUUUUGAAUGGAGUUUCGAUGGCCUUGGGGAUAGGUGGUUUGUUAAAGAAGCAAUGAGUUUUUUCGAAAAGUCUAAAAAUGUGCAGAUGCUGGCCAUGUUAAGUUGCAUAUUGAUGGAGCGUUCGCAUUGGAGUGAGAUAGGUGCUGAGGGUAGGUUUCCGAGGAAACAGCAGAACAAUGUAGUGACUUUUGAAAGCGAUUUACACACUGGCUUCCCUCGAUCUCACCAAGGGUCUAUAGCCUCUUCAGUAAAAUCCGAAGACUACUUUUCUCCCCAUCAGUUUCGAAGUAAACAACCAAAACCCCAGCUGCUAGCGCCGAGCUCCAUGAUACCUGAUGUGAAGAUCGAGAUUUUGCACGACGAAACACUCGACCUGAUUGGUGGACGUCUUCCGCCCCUAUUAGAUCCCGCAGAAGAAUCGAAGUACAGGUCUUAUAGAUACCAGUAUGCUGAACUGCUAUUUUACUGGGGUCUAUUGAUCCACAGAGCCGAGUUGCUGCAAUUUAACACUCCUCUACCGGCACCGUCCGAUGAUUCCUGGUCAAUUUACUCAAGGUCCGCCCCUGAUAGUGUUAUCCCCCUCAAUGCCACAGGAAUGAGCUAUAAGUUUGUCGAAGGCGAAGCUACUUCACCUUUCAUUGUGAACUGCAACUACUGCGAACUUAAAAUUGAAGGAUUUUGUUCCACCUGCGGUAGCUGCCAACACAUUAUGCACGCCCAUUGUGCAAAGGAAUGGUGGAGAGUGAGCAAUGAAUGUCCCUCUGGUUGUGGUUGUGCAUGUGUUGACGUGUUUGACAGGGUGUGA